ACCUUCUCACGAGACACUUCGUACCUUCUCACGAGACACUUCAUACCUUCUCACGAGACACUUCGUACCUUGAGGAUUUCUGCAUAGUUUCUGGAUUUCUGUAUCUAGAAACGAAGGGUCACAUUGCUAAUAGACGGUGUCGUCAAUGGACUUAUUGCACAGAUUGAGGGCGCCGUGCAUUAAUUAUUUAAUAAUAAUUAGUGUUGACUGAUGGUGAUGAGUAUGGAAAAAAAACGAAUUAAACUCAAAUGGUGUUUUAUUUGUUUACAUGUUGACCGAUAGUGAUGAGUGUGAGUAUUUCAUUUAACUUGAGUGACAAUUUUGAAAUCCCGCAGGAACAAGAGGAAGCCACGAUUGCCGACCAAACUCUUCAUGAAGAACUCGAGGGACUCGGUGAUGUUCCUGUUACCAGCUUCAAGAUCACCACUGGAGGUACAGUUCGGGGAAAAAACAUUCUGGUCGACUCCAACGGCUACACAUACACCAUGAAAUGGAAGAAGGACCCCACUUCUCCAUUCUCUGCAUGGGUGUGUGUGGCUUGCGGAGUAAGACCCAGCGUUGCCCCGUGUCUGUCCUUCAGCAUGGUGAUCAGUUCAAGUUUGGUCGCAACGAGCAUCACCUUCACCCUGCCGUAGGAGAUGUGGCUGUUGCUGUCAAGGUGGCAGUAAAGAAGGCAGCCAAGGACAACAUCUUCCGCCCAGCCAGCGACAUCAUUGAAGGAGUUCUCACCAGGAUGGUGCCCGCCGACGCUCCCGUUAACUGCCCAAGACCCAGCAAUCUCACAAGAGCUGCCAACAGAGCCCGGCAAAGACAGCGGCCCCAAGAACCUCAAGACCAAGGCUUCGAGCUCAUAAUGGACAGCGUCCCAGAGGGGUUUCUCCAACAUGAUAUUCAUGUCGGGGAGUCCCGACAUGUAUAUUUGCAACCUCAGAACAGAUGGCGGCUCUCGACGGGGUGAAGACCUGGUAUCUGGACGGCACGUUUAAGAUAGUUAAACGGCCUUCUUACCAGUUGUUCACUAUCCAUGCAUUCGCCAAGAGUGACUCCGGUGUGUAGGAACAGGUCCCUCUAGCCUACUGUUUUAUCGGAAGCCGGACGAAGGCAGAUUACAAGAAGAUACUCAAGACCUUCCAAUUCUACAUGGUUUGUAGAAUAUUCAUCAUUUAGCUUCUUGCUAUCGUUGGUGAAGGAUCGAGAAAAAACACAUCAAAAUGCCAAUCUG